AUGAAAAAGUCAAAAUACGUCUUUUUUUUUGUAAUUUUUUUUAAUGUUUUUUUUAUUUUGAGUUCUAAGAAUCGAGUUGUGAAAAAUGAAAGAAAAUUAAAGAAGAUUUUAUUAAUACGAACUAAGAAGAAUUAUAUUAAAGAUGUGGAAAAUGGAAUAGAGAGAAUAAAUAAAAUAAAAAUGAUAAAAGACAAAAUUAAGAAAAAAAAAAGAAAAAAUGAAAAAUGUUUAUUUAUGUUUAUAAAACUUUUUAAACAAAACAUUUAUGCUUCAAAAAGUUAUUUAUCUUAUAGAAAAACAGAUAACCAUAUAAAUAAAAUAAAAAAAUAUUAUUAUAAUAAUAAAAAUGAAGAAAUAAAUAGAAAUUACACUAUACUAAAAGAUAAUUGUUUUGAUUAUCCAUUUUUUGAUUUUACCAUUUUGAAGGAAAAUCAAAAAGAGAAUGAUAAAAGUAGGAUAGGAAUAAUAAAAACACCAAGAGGUAGUAUAGAAACACCUAAUUUUUUGUUCUGUGCUACAAAGGCUUGCAUGAAAUCUACUCCUAUAGAUUUUUUAAAAAAUUCCAAAACUCAAAUUAUUUUAUCAAAUACUUUUCAUUUAUUAAUUCAGCCAAAACCUCAUAUUAUUUUUCAAUUAGGAGGUUUACAUAAAUUUAUGAAUUGGAAGAAUCCUAUUCUUACUGAUUCAGGAGGAUAUCAAAUUUUUAGUAUGUCUUAUGGAUCAGUUGCUAAUGAAAUAAAAAGAAAUAGUAAUAAUAAAUUUGAAGAUAUGAAAAAUGAAACAACAAAAAAUAGUACAACUGAAAAUGAAGUUAACAAAAAAAAUGAAAAAAAAAAAAGUAACAAUAAUAAAACAAAUCAAUUAAAUAAUGGAUAUAUUUUAAAAAUUAAUGAAAGAGGAGCAGUUUAUAAAUCAUAUCAUGAUGGUUCUAUAGGUUUACUAUCUCCAGAAACCUCUAUUCAAUCCCAAUAUCUGUUAGGUAGUGAUUUUAUUUUAGUUUUAGAUGAAUGCACACCCUAUCAUGUGAAUAAAGAGUAUACAGAACGUUCAAUGCACAGAUCUCAUAGAUGGUAUUUGAGAUGUCUACUAGAAUUUUAUAAAGCAAACAAUAUGGCUAAUUAUCAUGACUACUUAAAUGAUAUAUAUAAUAAAAAAUAUAAGACAAAUGAAAAAUGGAGAAAAAGAGAUAAAAAUAAACAGGCAUUAUAUGGAAUAAUACAGGGAGGAAUAUAUAAUGAUUUGAGGAAAAAAAGUUGUGAUUUCGUAUGCAGCUUACCUUUCUUUGGUUUAUGCAUAGGGGGGUGCUUAGGUAAAAACAAAGAAAUGAUGUAUAGUGUAAUAGAAAGCACAAUGAAUUUUAUAAAAAUAAAAAAGCCAAUUCAUUUAUUAGGAAUUGGGCAAAUUAGAGAUAUAUUUUUUGGAGUAAAAAAAGGACUAGAUACUUUUGAUUGUGUGAUUCCUUCAAGAUUAGCAAGACAUGGUUACUUUUUAUGUAAAGUACAAAAUAUUAAAGAUAUAGAAAAAAAGUUAUGCAGAGUUUUAAAAAGUGAAUAUGUAAAAAUAAAAUUAAGCAUCUUUAAAUUAGAUAAUAAUCCUUUAGAGAAGGAUUGUGACUGCUAUACAUGCUUAAACUAUUCAAGAGCUUAUUUACAUUUUCUUUAUAAAAUUAGCGACAAUUUAUUAGGAACUUUAUUAACUAUACACAAUGUAAAUUAUAUGAAUCAAUUAAUGUCAGAAAUACGAAAUGCAAUAAAAGAAAAUAAUUUAGAAAAAAUUGAAAAAAAAUGGAUUAAAUAA